AUGAUGUGCAGCGAGGAGCUAUGGCAGCUAUGGAAGGGACGCAGCAGCUUUGAGGAAUCUUUGUUACCAUUAACUCAUGAUAUAUUAACACCAUUUGCUGCUGCUGCUGCACCUCCUGCUGCUCCUGCUGCUGCUAGUUCACCUGCUGCUGCUGUGGCGGAUCCAGCGGUGGGUGCUGCAGCAGCAGCAGCAGCAGCAAAAAACUGCACAGACAGCGGAGCUACACCCAAUGUGCCGCUGCUGCAGCACUGUGCUAAUCUUGCCAUUCGUGCUCUUGCCAAUCCAGCAGCAGCAGCAGCAGCAGCUGCUGCUGCUGCUGCUGCACCUGCAGCAGCAGCAGCAGGUAAGGAUAGUUCCCAGAAGCAGCAGGGACAAUCGGAUUCAGGGGGGGAGACAGCAGACGCAGACGGACUAGCAGCAGCAGCAGCAGCAGCAAUUGCUGUUGCUAAGAAACCUGCUGCUGAGGUUGCUGCUUCUCUACAGAAAGCAGCAGCAGCAGCAGCUGCUGCUGCUGCUGCCCCACGGAAGAGAAGGCUAGGAGCACCAAGAGACUGUGUAGCUGAUUUCUAUGACUGGUUGGUGUUAUGGGACACACCUGCAGCAGCAACAGCAGCAGGAGGAGCAGCACCCGAAGGAGCAGCAGCAGGAGCAGCAGCAGCAGCAGAACCUUUCCCGCUGCUGCAGCCUCCUCCUAUUACUUUGCUGCGCCAGGCAGAGGAAUGGUAUCUCCUUGAUGAUUAUCCUCCUCCUGCUAACUAUCUAGAGGUGUCUUGUGAGGCAUUAUGUGAGAUAUUAGACAGUAUACAAAAGGGAGAAGAUUUGCUGCUAGACAAGAAGCACAGCAGCAGCAGCAAAUCACGAGCAGCAAAUCCUGCUGCUGCUGCUGCUGCUUCUGCUGCUGCUGUACUUGAUAGUGGCAGUAGCGGAGAUGCAGAGUCCUCGCAGCAAAGUGACGCUGCUGCUGCUGCUGCUGUCUCCAAAGACACUGCAGCAGCAGCAGCAACACAAGAUGCAGCAGUACCUGCAGCUUCCGGUGCUGGUGCACCAGCUGCUGCUGCUGCACCUGCUGCUGCUCCUCCUGCUGCUGCAGAUGCAUGUCCAAUGGAUGUUGAUGAAGGGAAACCAACCAAGCAGCAGCAACCGCAGCAGCAACAGCAACAGCAGCAGCAGCAGCAGCAGCAGCAGCAGCAGCAGCAGCAGCGGGAGGGAAGUGGGGGCGCGGCGUAA